AUGGUUUCCAUCACAACUGAAAAUGACACACAGAUCUACAAUAUGACCACCCAGGAGCUCACAGUCAGUCCAGAAUAUUUGCACAAUAAUUCAGGAGUGCCUCUGAUAGUUCAAAAUGAAUGUGUAAGUGCAGUCGUAUGGAAAUGGCUACAGGAUUUUCAGCCUGGAUUUCUCUGGUUUAUAUUUAUUCUGGGAUCAAUAGAAAAUUCCUUUGUGCUCACUGUGCUGUGUUUCCACAAGAGCAGCUGCACAGUGGCUGAAAUUUACCUAGCAAACAUGGCAUUGGCCGACCUAAUGUUGGUCUGUAUUUUGCCUUUCUGGGCCCUUAAUAUUUCCAAUAAUUUUCAUUGGCCUUUUGGCUUGUUUCUCUGUAAAGCUGUCAACAUUAUGAGUUCCAUGAACUUAUAUUCUAGCGUUUAUUUCCUGACACUAGUGAGCGUUGACCGCUACCUGGCCUUGGUGAAAACCAUGUCUCUUGGACGGAUGAGACGAACCAUCUGUGCCAAAUGGAUUUGUUUUGUAAUUUGGACAUGUACAUUGCUCAUGUGUUCACCUGCAAUGGUGUUUCGAAAUUUACAUUAUUUUGAAGAGUACAACAUCACAGCCUGUGUUCUUCUUUACCCAGCCAGCUACUGGGAGCCCACAAACAACUGCUUGCUGAAUAUUGUAGGGUUUCUGAUCCCAUUCUGUGUAACUACAUAUUGCACUGUGCAAAUCAUUAAAGCCUUAAGAAGCAGCAAGCUACGAAAAAUGAAGGUAGUCCAGACAGAGAGGAGAGCCACCAUGCUGGUCUUUGCUGUGCUUCUGCUGUUUAUCAUCUGCUGGCUUCCAUUCCAGAUCAGCACGUUCAUCGACACAAUCCGUUACUUCACACCCACUCUCAAAUGCCUGGAAGACAUCAAUGAUGUACUGACCCAGGUGGCCACAUACUGUUCCUUUAGCAACAGCUGCCUGAACCCAGUCUUGUAUGUGAUUGUUGGGAAAAACUUCCAGAAGAAGGCUGUGGAAUUCUACAAGGACUUGUUUACGAGGAGGUGCAGAAAAUUAGAGUCUGUGCAGAUGGAAAACUCCCUGGACACUUUAAGAACUUCCAUUUCAAGUGAAUACACAAGGAAGAAGUCUGUUAUGUCAUUACCCCAAUAG